AUGGAGACUUCAACGCCAAAGAGAACCAUCAAGGCCAUCUCGCCAAGGUCCAAAAUCCCCGUCAAAGCUCCCAUCAAGCUCCCCAUCAAACUCCAGCACAACACCAACAACUACGCCCAAAUCACCUACUUCAACGUCCCCGACAAGCUGCAGCGCUCCCCCUCGCUCAAGGGCCUGGACAUCACGCGUCUCCCCGACGACCUCAAGCUCAUCGGCCCCGAGAACUGGGCGCCCUGGUCCAGCGCCAUGAUGGCCGUCGCGGAGCUCUCGGGCUUCGACACGGCCGUGCUGGAAGAGAUGCCGCAGGCGGUGCAUGUGAGUUGCUGGCACAACGCCCAGAAGACGAGGGAGCAGGUGCGUGAGGGCAAGAUGCUGGGGCUGCUGAUCAAAUUCAACAUCUCGGCGCAUAUGAACGACUUGGUGAGCUUGACUAUGGAUGGCUAUGAGGUGUGGAAGGUGCUCAAGCUGUAUUGCGCGAGGUUUGUGGAAACGGAUCCGUCGAGGAUGCUCAAGAGGAACGGGGGCUGUAUUCGCAUCUCGUGA